GUCCUCUUUGUUUAGUAAGAACCGAAAAGCGAGACGGAAGAGACGAAAAGCUCUCUCUCUCUCUCUCUGAAGAUUCGUCUUUUCGUUUGACUUACUGUAUAGUAUCUGUAUAUACUGAUCCUUUGGAAUAAUGGCGUCAGGUUCUAAAGUUUACUAUUUUGAGGAGGUCGCAAAGCACAAUAAGAUCAAAGAUUGCUGGAUUAUCCUCUCGGGGAAGGUGUAUGAUGUGACCCCCUUCUUGGAGGAUCAUCCUGGAGGUGAUGAAGUUUUGCUAGCAGUAACUGGGAAAGAUGCAACAAGUGAUUUUGAAGACGUUGGCCACAGUGAUUCUGCUAAAGAGAUGAUGGCAAAAUAUUACAUUGGUGAGAUAGACCCGUCAACUGUUCCCAAGAGACGCGUUUAUAUUCCACCACAACAGGCCUCCUACAAUCCAGACAAAACUCCACAGUUUGUUAUCAAGAUUUUACAGUUCCUUGCGCCCCUCUUGAUCUUGGGCUUAGCUUUUGCAGUCAGAAACUACGCCAAGGUAGAGUAGGCAACUUCAUUUGACCUUCUAUGGUCCAGUGUUGUCUGUGUUAAUUAUGUAUUAGUUGGAUGAAUAAUUUCUUCCCCUUUUUUUCAGUUUCUUUAUGUAUCUUGAGAGUGCCGGUAUGGAAUGUUGGUUGACAAUUAAGUGCCCAUUAUGGAGCUCUAUGUUUAUGCAAAUAAUAUGCCUUCAGGCCGUGGUCGUGUGCUAUUAUGUUGGAAUACUGGGUCAUUUGGU